AUGACAUCAACGAAAAGUACGCCAGUCCUCUACAUCCUCGACUUCAACGUCGGCAAUGAAAACGACGACGAGAAGAAUCCCUUCGGCGCCGGCCGUGUGGCUGUAGGAUCCGCCGCGGGUGGAACUCUCAAGACCUUGAUCAACCAUGAACAACAACCCGACGGGAUCGACGUCCUGAUGGAAGGCGAAGGCCAUCUGAUCUGGACGCAAAUGGGCAGAUUGAACGAAAACGACGGUCGUGUCCAAUCUGCGCGACUCGAUGGAACGGGAAUCAAGGAUAUUUUUCAGCGGAGGAGAAGUGAGCUUUCCCCAUGCUCAUCUCUAGUGAACAACAACAACAGCCUUUUACUAAUGAAGACGGGAAAAUAGAUUCAUACGCCCAAGCAAUGCAUGAUCGACACGACCAACCACAAACUCUACGUCUGCGACCGUGAGGGCAUGCGGGUCCACCGCUCCAACCUCGACGGCAGCGACCAGGAAGUCCUCAUCCAACGAGGCGAUUUCCGCAACGCGGAGCACGCGGAGGAUGAGACCCGUCACUGCGUGGGGAUCUGCGUCGAUGCCGUCAGGGGAAAAAUUCUACUGGACGCAGAAAGGACCCAGUAA